CCACCAAGAUAUGAUGAAUGACGCCCAUCAGUUACCAAAGGACGGCCCUGACUUCACUGUGUAUGUAACCUCGAGAUACGCACCUCGUCACUUUAAAGGGAGAAUGACGACAAAGCUGCUGUUGUCGGUGUGUGUAGCGUUCGCCUGUAUCGCCUAUGUGAGAUGCCAAGGGCCAAAGGGAACACAGUUCGGAGUUGCAUCGCAGUCACAAUAUGCAGUGUUGAGAACAUACAACGUCAAUGUAGGGUCGGUUCUGGCGGCCGUGUUUGGUGCACUGAUUGCACAAGAUCAAGUGGAAUCUGACACAAAUACUCUAAACAAAGAAACGGUAGCAACCAGUACAUUGGCCAAUGGAGCGAACGGUUGUCCAGCCAACUGGCACUUGUUUAAUGGUUUCUGCUACGUAGUGACAGCUGAUCCACUGAAUUGGAUGGCAACCAGAGAUCAAUGUCUGACUAUGGGGGCAUACUUAGCUGAUAUUGUAGAUCAAGCUGAAAUGAACCAUUUGAGGGACACCGUCUUACAACCAGAAAAUGAAAGACCUACAUACAUUGGACUAAACGAUCACAUAGAGGAAGGCAAUUUGUUCAACGACAUUGUCAACGAAGAACCAAGGUUCCUGAAUUUUUUAGAUGGAACUACCGGUGAUUUCUUUGGUCCUGGUCCUGGUGACUGUGGGGUCGUGCGAGGCGACUUUUUUACCUUGAUUCCCUGUGUUCAGUUAUUUAAGGGCCUUUGCAAGCGAAGACAGAAUAGCGUGUUAACAUACACCGGCUUGUAGAGGGGACAGACGAGCAGGGGAUUACGUUGAUCAAUGUGUAUACCAGAAAACGUACUAAACAGUGCAUCCCCUGCACUAAGCUCGAUUUAUUGUCUUGAUAUGAUUUGAAAGGUCCCUCAGUCUCACAGGGGCUAGAUAUUGAGGUUCACAAACGAGUGAUGAACGGUAAUCAUGUUUAUCUCAUUCGAGUUAGGUAAUUGUAUAACUUCACAAGGUUUACCGAGUGUCUUUUACAAUUUGAAAAUUAACUAGCGAUAAUAAAUCAUCACGAGUU